AUGAAUAAUAAUCUAAUUUUGGAAUCUAUCAUACUGAUAUCAUCUCAGAAAGACGAGUUGGGACGAGUCACUGUUCUUACAUCUCCUGGCCGCCAGCGAUCGGGGCUCACGACUGGCGAUGCACACCGCCAUAUCGGUGUUCAACAAAUCUGCUAUGAAUAUAUCAAAGUUCAAGUGGCUCUUACAUAUAGCCUUUCUACCUAUUUAACCCAAGUGAAUCAGUCCACACAUAGUAUUGUUCCAUCCUUCAUGCUACAACUUGGAUCAUCAAAACGUAGCUCCAGUUCUCGAUUCAAGCGGCCACUAAUACGUGUAGCCGUUGGGUUGAGUGGUUGCGGCCUACGUUUUAUCUUCACAUGGCCUCGACUUCGUUCAAAGGGAUUUUCGCAGGCACAAUUUCCAAAAAAGCGGAAACCCGGUACAAGAAUGCAUGUAGAAGGAUCAGAUCCAAUGCCCGUUUACGCAGAUAAAACUUCCUUGCUAUCGUCACUUGACAACAACAUGUCCCCCAACUCAGACAAUGUACCUCUACCCACUGGGUGGGUACUUUGCAUAGACGGCACAAAUCGCAGAUUUUAUGCCAAUCAUCACACCAGAACCACCCUAUGGAAAGGUACGCCGAUGGCCUCCGAUGUUUCCAAGGAAAAUCCAGACCUUGAAGAGUUGCCUCCUGGAUGGGCGAUUGGAGUAACCGAAAGUUCCCAGAUAUAUUUCAUUGAUCACAUCACUCAGACUACAACAUGGACCGACCCAAGACUUCCAUCCGGAUGGGAAAAGCGAUACGACCAUAAGUGCAGGCCGUAUUUUGUUGACCAUAGCAGUAGAACCACGACGUGGGAUGACCCUAGGCAAACGACGUUCUCGACAGACCCGUUGUCUAUGUAUAUGCGCAAGGUUUUAUUUCUGAACAGGAAACAUUGUAACAAAACUCGGCGAGGAGUCUUUGAAAUUAGAAUUCGAAAGGGCUACAUUGUCCCAGACACCUUUUCAGUGCUCAGCAAAAUCAAGAAACCAAGGAAUAUUUUGCGUCGCUAUCCUCAUGUCACGUUUAAGGAUGAUCCGGAUUGCGAAGAGCCUGUCCAAGAAUGGCUUAAUUUGCUGCUAGAUGUUUUGUUCGAGCCUCGCCUUGGGUUCUUCGUGCUAGACGGUAACGGGUUUUUAGAAAUCAACACAUCAUUCAGUACACCCAGUUUCUUCAAAGUCUUUACUUACGUCGGGUGGAUUUAUGGCAUGGCAGUCUUCCAUGGAUACUUGGUGGACCCUAGAUUGAUCACAAUCUUACAUCGCAAUCUAAGCUGCAAUGGCGCCAUUACUGAACAAAACGCUCAGAUGUCCAGUCACAGUUAUAUAACCGACCCCCAGGGCUCGUUUCUCCGUGGUUUCUAUGAUGUGAUAGACCGCCGGUCAUUGAAGGGGUAUUCCCUAAUUGAACUGGAACGGCUAUUUGGAGGAGUGACCACACUUCACAAAGAGUACUGUGCAACGUACACCAUAUCCGAUGAAAAAAUUGGAACGGGCAGCGACAAGGACUCCACAGCAGUCAAUGCAUCUUCAGUCUCUUCCGAAUCCGAUAUCCAUCUGGAUUGGUUCUGGAAAAUUGCCAGCUCCUGGGCUCCUGAAGGACAACAAGCAAUAUUUGUCUACGUAACGGGCAGCGUGCGUGUACCCGCGACAGACCUGAUCAAAAUUAUGAAAACCCCAGACGGGGGCAUCCAGCGAGUUAGUGUUCCAGGGAACAAGCUCAAACGGGGGGCUUUGCCAGUGAGGGAUGAUGAUGUCCCCCAACAUAUUUUGUUUAUCCCACCGUUCGACGACUAUGAAGAGAUGGAACGCACUUUGAGAUCAAUUGUAUUUGAUGUGGAUGAUGAGAUAGAUAAAACUUCCCGUAAGGAUGUGUGUAUGGGGGGGAGGGGGGGAGUGCAAUCGACCCAGAAGGUCCGUGAAGGAUCUAUCAUAAAGCAAUAA